UUCGUUACCGCUCGGCGGUGCGUGACCGCGCUCAGAGUCCGUUUGGUAGCGCCGCGCACGCCGUUCCCGCAGCGCCUCUGCCCGUACCGCAUCAGCCUUGUGAGGUGCUCGGAGUCAGGGGAAUCUUGGUUCGUUUUGGGGUGCGGGGCUGAGUUCAAUCUUCUGCUUGAGAAGAGGUGUUCCGAUGGCCGCGGCGGCCGCAAGGGGCGCGAUGAGGGCGGUCCGGGUGUUUGAGUUCGGGGGUCCCGAGGUGCUGAGGCUGCAGGCUGAUGUUCCCAUCCCCGCCCCGAAGGACAUGCAGGUGUUAAUUAAGGUCCACGCCUGUGGGGUAAACCCUGUGGAGACUUACAUCCGCUCUGGGAACUACGCUAGACUACCGGCUUUGCCUUACACCCCCGGCUCCGACGUGGCUGGUGUGGUCGAGAGCGUCGGGGAAGGCGUGACUGCAUUCAAGAGAGGUGACAGGGUUUUUGCCUCUGCUACGCUCUCUGGAGGAUAUGCAGAGUAUGCAGUUGCUGAAGCCAGUACAGUCUUUCCUUUGUCGGAUAAGCUGAAUUUCAGUCAAGGAGCAGCGAUUACAAUACCCUACUUCACUGCUUACCGUGCUCUUUUCCUGAAAGGGCAUGCCAAAGCAGGGGAAAGCGUACUAAUUCAUGGUGCAAGUGGAGGUGUGGGAAUAGCAGCAUGUCAGAUUGCCAGAGCUUAUGGCUUAAAGGUUUUGGGCACGGCAGGGACUGAGGAGGGUAUGAACAUUAUUCUGAGAAAUGGUGCUCACCAAGCGUUUAAUCACAGAGAAGCUAAUUAUCUUGACAAAAUUAAGGAAUAUACCAAGAUGCAAGGAGUUAAUAUAAUAGUAGAAAUGCUCUCCAACGUCAAUCUGGCUGCUGACUUACAUCUGCUGUCCCAGGCAGGAAGGGUGAUGGUUGUGGGCUGCAGAGGUUCCAUUGAGAUAAACCCCAGAGACACCAUGAGCAAAGAGUCCAGCAUCAUUGGCGUUGGUCGGUUUCUUGAAACUGAGGAGGAGAGGCUUGAAUGUGCGAGGGCAGUCCUUGACGGUGUGGAGUCUGGCUGGCUGAAGCCAGUGGUGGGCCCCCAGUACCCCCUGCAGGAAGCAGCUAAGGCUCAUGAGGACAUUAUUCACAGCAGUGGUGCUCGAGGAAAGAUGGUACUCCUGCCAUAAAGUAUUUCUCCAUCUACUUUAUAGCUGUUCUAUCUGCACCUUUGCUUACGUGAUUCAUUGAACAUUUUUUUUAAUGAAAUGCAUUUUUUAAUCAAAUUUCAGAAGAACAAGUGCUAGCUUAGUUAGUUAUGCUGAUUCAUUAGCAGUGUUUUCUUUUUGUAUAAGCAAUGUUGGACAAAAUUUAUGGUAAUUUGUGUAACUUUUUUUGGUUGAUGUGGAAAUAAUAACUGCGCUGGUUUGACACUGUGAUGGGAAACUGGGAAUCUCAGCUGGAGUCUGAUACAAAGCACUACUUGAAGUGAGGGCAUUGGGAAGCUGUAAGCAGUGCAGAAUGAAGCCUGCUUUGUGAGCAGAUUGACAAAGGUAUGAAACCAAUGACACACAUGUAAUUAAGGCUGUAAAUUCAUUAGCCACAAAACUUGUUUCUUUCAUCUUGUCACAGAAUUUGCUUGGAAUCAAAGCUCUUUUUGUCAGGAUAGUUCACUUCCUAGCUCAAAAAAUGGCCAAAGAAUCUCUCAAGUAUGAAUUACUUGAAAGCAGAAGCAGUUCUGUUUUGCUGUGCCUGACUUGGAGCCUAGCUGACAACACCCCAGUUAAUGCCAAGAGUAACUGGAGCUGUGCGUGCAGCAUAUUUGCUGCUUUGCAAACAAUCAUGCUGGCAGAAGCAGUUGAUUUCUUGAUGGUACGUGGCUGUUGGAGCACUUGCAGGUCUUCCUGUGACCCAUAUUAAUUUUAAAGUCACAUAAAUCCCUGCCUGUAAUGAGGAGAAACGGGUCUGUGCUGCUUUCAUGGGUAACUGAAAUCAGUGUUAUUUCAUGACUGGAUCUGUAUGUAUUGUUGGCUUGUUCCAAAUACAGCAAUCCAAACCCCA